AUGUCUAGUCCUACGCUUUACUAUUUCGACAUACCCGGAUUGGCGGAGCCUACUCGCCUCGCGUUUUACUUGGGGGGCAUUCCCUUCGAGGAUGUCCGAUUCAAGCCCGAGCAGUGGGCUGAGGAGUACAAGUCCCAAGCGCCGAGUGGUAAAGCGCCUUGGCUGCAGUUUAAUGACGGGAGCUAUCUGACUGAAAGCAGGGCCAUUCUGAUGUACGCUGCCUCCAAGUCGGGAAUGGUUCCUACUGACUUCACGCAGCUGGCGGUGUGCGAACAAGCCUAUAGUGUUAUGUCUGAUGCCCACCGGGACGUCACUAGCAUCGUGUACAACAGGGGAGACAAAGAGGAGAAUCUGAAGAACGCACGUGAGCGCCUAGCCGCUGCGGACAAAGUGAUUGGUAGCAGACAGUCAAGCGAAGGCUGGGUGGACGGCAAGGGCAUGACUUACGUGGAUUUGGCAAUCUACUCUUUUGUCAAAAUGAUUGUGGAUCGAUGCCCGGAUAUUGAUGCUACACAAUACAAGAGAAUUUAUAAAACCUAUGAAGCAGUCGUAGGGGACCCUCGGGUUAAGGAAUACUACAGCAGCAAGAAAUAA